GAAAGGAAAAAAGAAAUUAGGUGCAAUUUAAGCAGUCCUCUAAAGUCUAAUAUUUCCCCUUUUACAGCAAGUGAUGAUCACAUCACUAUAUCAGCCCUAACCGAGCAGGAUUUCCUGAUUCCAAUCCCCAAUUCACUAUCCAAAGAUUUGUCACUCUCUCUACUUUCUCUCUCUAGGGUUUUCUCUCUGCUGAAUAUUCGCGAAUCGGCGACUGUGUGAUGGACUCCGAGGACGACAUGCACGACGCCAACGAUGUGGCGUCGGCGGAGGAGGAGGAUGACUACUACAGCGGCGGCGAGGAGGAGGAGGAGGAGGAUAUGGACGAUGAGGAAGACUACGACUUUGCCGAAGAGGAUGACGUUGAUACCGGCGAUUAUGACUUCAUCGCCAAUAACUCCGACGAUGAUGCUAUUGCCAGUCGUUCGCAGAACUAUACCAUUUUAAAGGAAGAAGAUAUACGGCAACGUCAAGAGGAAGACAUUACUACAAUUGCUACUGUCCUUUCUAUUUCAAGGGAAGCAGCAUGCAUACUGUUGCGUCGUUACGAAUGGACUGUGAAUAAUGUGCAUGAAGCAUGGUUUGCAGAUGAAGAAAGGGUCCGUAAAGCUGUUGGCAUAUUGGAUAAACCGCUUGUUAAGUUUACAAAUUCUGGGGAAGUCACCUGCGGGAUCUGUUUUGAGAGCUAUAAUCGUGACAGUCUGCGCUCUGUUGCAUGCUCUCAUCUUUUCUGUGAUACAUGUUGGAAAGCUUACAUUAGCACAGCCAUCAAUGAUGGGCCUGGAUGCUUGACGCUAAGGUGUCCUGACCCGUCCUGUGGGGCUGCUGUUGGCCAAGAUAUGAUUGAUGAGUUGGGUUCUGGUGAGGAUAAGGAGAAGUAUGGCCGUUAUCUUCGUAGAUCUUAUGUUGAGGACAGUCGUCAGAUUAAGUGGUGUCCUGCUCCUGGUUGUGAUUCUGCUGUGGAAUAUAGCCUUGGUGGUGGAAGCUAUGAUGUCACUUGCAGUUGUUCGUAUAGCUUCUGUUGGAAUUGCACAGAGGAAGCUCAUCGGCCAGUGGACUGUGAAACCGUAGCAAAGUGGGUUUUGAAAAACAGUGCAGAGUCAGAAAACAUGAAUUGGAUAUUGGCCAAUUCCAAGCCUUGUCCCAAGUGCAAACGUCCAAUUGAAAAGAAUCAAGGAUGCAUGCACAUGACUUGCACACCACCGUGCAAGUUUGAAUUCUGCUGGUUGUGUCUUGGUGCAUGGUCAGAUCAUGGUGAGAGAACAGGAGGUUUCUACGCAUGCAACCGUUAUGAAGCAGCAAAACAAGAGGGAGUGUAUGAUGAAGCUGAAAGGAGGAGAGAGAUGGCCAAAAACUCUUUGGAAAGAUACACCCAUUAUUAUGAGCGGUGGGCUUCCAACCAAUCGUCAAGGCAAAAGGCACUUUCGGAUCUGCAUCAAAUGCAAAGUAUCCACCUUGAGAAGCUUAGUGAAGUUCAAUCCCAACCCGAGUCUCAACUAAAAUUCAUUAUAGAAGCCUGGCAACAGAUAGUUGAAUGUAGGAGGGUACUGAAAUGGACCUAUGCGUAUGGAUUCUAUCUACCAGAAGAGGAACAAACUAAAAAACAGUUUUUUGAGUAUUUGCAAGGUGAGGCGGAAGCUGGUUUGGAGAGGCUUCAUCAAUGUGCAGAGAAAGAGCUUACGAAUUACCUUAAUUCUGAGGGCCCAUCAAUAGAGUUUAAUGAUUUCCGUACAAAACUUGCUGGUCUGACGAGUGUCACGAAGAACUACUUUGAGAACUUGGUUAGAGCACUAGAGAAUGGUCUUUCGGAUGUAGAUUCACAGGCACCACCAAAUAUGACGAGUUCGAAAAACGUGGCAGGGACUAGUAGCAAGGCUAAAGGUGGAAGGGCAAAAGGGUCUUCCAAGACGAGUUCAUCAGUUAGAAACACGGAUGAUUCGUCGGGUAAUUGGGCUUGCGAUCAGUGUACUUACAUGAACGCCCGAUCUUCAACUACAUGCAUUAUGUGUCAGCGUCGCCGUUAAUUAGAGAACUAAUCGCCUAAAAAUGAAAAUCUUUUCUUUUUUCUCAAUUAUGAGCUGGCGAAGUAGUGAGUAUUAUCCUAGCCUUACUCAAAGUGCUGUUGCUCGAAGAAACGUUCUGUGGGUGUGGGUUUUUUCUUCGAAAUAUUGUUUGUAUAUAGUUUGUCUGUAUCAUGUUAGAUGAAGUUAACCUUCUUCAAACUUUGAUACUUGUGAGUUGUGACUCUGAUUCUAUAAAGAAAAGGGGGGGAAAAAAAAAGAAAAUUCUUAGGUUAUGGUUCUUGUCAAACCUGGGUAAGGUGGAAUAUUCUUACCGGAAGAUGUGCUAUAUUAUAUAUGUUGUAAUAAUUU